AUGGACGAUCUUGAAUUGGAUUUUACUGAUAUAAUACCACCAGAGCUUUCAGCACAGCCUCGGCAAAGCAGAAUAUCAUUGCCUCCAGAUUACACCACUACCAACCAUAUAACCAACGAAUUGUUCCAAGUAACUAGCAGCUUGAGAGAAAAAAACCGCCAAAACCCCAAACGGUUGAAUAACGAUAAAAUACAGAAAAUGAUCCAGGACCUAGAGAAGACAGAUUACGAGCUUGACGAUGUGGUGAGGACAAGAGUGUUUAAAGGAAGACUAAAGAACCGGCACAGCUUCACCCAAGUACGCCCUGAUUUGAACGAAUACUUUGAUGAAAAUAAAGAGAACCGUGAUAAGCCAUCAAAAGUUACAAAGAAAAAGUCGCCUGUGCCUAUACUACAGCCAAUAACAAACACUAUAAAACGAUCGCCCAAGAGAUUGUGUUUGCCCAAACACUCCGUGAUAGCUCCACGAAAACCAGCACUCAAAGCAGACCGUGCAUCCAGCAUCUUUCUUAUGGAAUCGCUGUCGGGGCUAGUCAAUGAUGCAACUAAAUAUGCCACCGAGCUAAAUAGUUCACAGUGUGACGAUUUCCCACUACCGGAACACGAAAACGAGGUAGUGCAAAUCCCCACCAACGAAGACGACAACCCGAAAAUGGCCAUUAUCCGCAUGUUUAAAACAAAAAGGUUUGACACCAAAGCUGAGGGAGAAGCAAGCGGGUUCUACAAUGAAAAAGAGUUCCAAAAGUAUAAAGGCGAGCAGGACAAUGGGGUGCUGGUGGUUUCACAAUCAGUGAAUGGACCCACCGCCAAAAAGACAGUUAAAUGGGCCACGAAUCUAGAAUGGUAA